CGUUGGAGUUUGCUAAGGGUGCUCCUAGAGUCCUUAAAAACACCAAGUCACGCUCAUUCGCAUUUGCGCUUUGGUGGUGGUUACACCUUGAAAAUGUAAGUUUAAUAUAACGAGUUUAACUUUAACAGUUCUGGGAAUUAUCAUGCGGAUUAAAUCUUUGUUUUGAAGCGCAAACUGGAUAAGUUUGUAGAGCCAAAGUGGACACGGAGUCGGUCUUGGAAAUGCGCCGUAAAUUAGUGAUUUUUGUGUAACUGCAUAAGAGCAACGGCAGCAGCCAUUACUAGAAUCAUGCAAGGAUUCAACUGGACUUCUAAUCAACGACCUCCACCUAAGUACCAAGAACAACCUCCGCCCAAGUACCAAGAACAACCUCCGCCCAAGUACCAAGAACGACUCCCGCCUAUGUGCCAACCCACCAGGAAUGAUCAGAUACAGUUCAACCCCCAAUUAUAUAACUCAGUGCAGCAAAGAUUUUCCAAUGCACAGCAACAGUACUGGAAUUAUCCUCAAGGUUUUCGCUCAAGCAGUGAGAAACCUUUAGCUCUUUCCUUUCAACCAAAUGCAAAGCUGAGCCACCCCAACCUGUUAGGCUCCCAGACACAGCAGCACUGCACACAAGGGAUGGUCUCUCAGCCAGAAGUCCCAUCCGAAAACCCCAAGACAAACAGGCUUUAUGCUCAAUACAACACUCAGUAUGUUUCUUUCUCACAGAACUAUAGAAACACAGGUCCAGUGCAGAAUAAUCAUGACCCUAACCAAGCUCCAGUGUAUUGGUCUUCUCGUUCAGACCAUGGAGGUUCUAGAGCUGAGUGUAAUGGUAACACCAGGGGCUGGAAGCUUCACAUUUCUGACAAUGGCAGCUCUCGCCACAUGAACAACCAGCAACAACCUCCUUCUUCUAGAACAGCUCCUCUUCAUCAUCAACAGUGGUUCUCUGGAAAACAGGCUGGAAAACUGCUGACUAUGCACCACUCGACACCUGUGCUCUCCCAACAAUCCACUUCUUGGGCCCAAAACAAUGUUAUGACCCAGAGAAUGCACACCAGCCAAGCUCAGAGCACAGCAACAGUCCAUCAUACUUCAAGCAGCUCUCCUACAUUGCCAUCUUCUGGAGCGCAAAAGAGCAUUUCAACACCUUCCAAUAACUUUCAACAGAGUCCUGUCAAUCAGAGCCAGCUAGAACUGAGGAUGAAUGCAGGUCCAAAUGUAUCAGCAACCCAGUCUCAGAAUAUAGACAACAGGACAUGUGGCAUUAAUCAGACCACUAAAAAUCAGACACAGCAGAGGACUCCCACCAACGAAGCCCAUCUUAACCCUCAGUCUAAGCCUGAUUUGAACUUGAUUCCUUAUGUUAACCCACUAUUAUAUAAAUUACUGUAUUCAGAUGACAAUGAACAAGGUUUUGCUAAUAGUUCAGUGACAAAUAAGCAGCCAUCAGAUGGCAGAACUGGAAAUCAGAACGCUUUCGACAGAACUGACUAUAAUUUGCAUUCACAGCGACACUUUUCUUUACAGCGUACACAGUGUACAGAUGAACCCCCUAGUAAAAGAAUGAACUGUGGUGUAAGUCAGAAAGACUAUUGGAACCAAGUGCCCUCCAAAGAAUUAAGCAUCUCCAAAGAUGCGAGUGGGUUUGCAUCACAAUUUGCCUUUCCUGGCAUCUAUCUGACGGGCAGAACAGAACAGAAUAGCAGCGAGAAGCGACAUAAUACAAGACAACACAAGGUACAAUACACUACUGACCCAGCAGAUUGCCUUGAAGCUGUGUUUGCUCUACAGAAAGCUGCUCAGCAAGUUCACAAAGCCAUAGCAAUCGUGCCACCUAUUUCCCAGCAAACCUCAAAUACUGCACAGAUGGAUGAUACCAGUCCAAAAACUGUUGACAGUCCUCCUCUAAAGAUUGAUGCCGUUUGGUCCAUUGCUGAAGAGCCUAUUUUGAGUCCAGUCACAAAAAUAAAUGACAAGCUAUAUCAAUUGCCUGCACCAGUCGCUCAGCAGGAUGAUAGAAGUUUAAGCAUUAAAAAUGAGACUACAAACAUCACAGACACUUGCAUACCUCAAAGUUCUGAUAUUUGCUCUGCUAACUCAACAGGAGAAUGUCAGAAUUACUUGCAGCAAAAUGAUAUACAGCAGAGUGAUUGUGAUUCAGGUGAUACCGUGUUUAACUUGUCCAAUGUGCCAGUGAAUGAAUACACACUUUUAAAACUGAUGAACUUGGCUAAGUCUAUACAGAUGGAAGAGAUUACCAAGUUAAGCACUAGAAUUACAGAGAUACCAGAGAGUGUUUUCAGUUGGAUCAUGGAACUCUAUUGGAAAGGGAACACAUACAAUUUUGUGAAAUCUUUGAAAUCGUAUAGAAAACUGAUUGAGUGCUCAUUAGCCGGAGGUGUAAAGAAUUAUGAAUCGGUGGUAUUUGAAAGCAUCUCAUCUGACAACUUGAAGAAACUGGCUCAUUGUGACAUUCUCGAAAAUGGGAUUUAUUUAUCAUCUGAGGAGUUCAGAUCUUCUUGGUUAAACGUUGAUGGAUGGCCAGCGGAUAUUGACAAAGUGCUUUCAGAACCACUGUCUGAUUAUAUUCCCUCAGACAAUGUAGGUGUGAAUUCCCUUAAAGAAGCUCCUGAGGUUACAUCACUCAGCACAGAGCAAAGUGUAAAGCCAAACACAUGCAGUUCAUGGACUGAAAGUCAUUCAGAGGUUUUUACACCUUUGGCAGGAAAUGGCAAGCAGGAAACAGUCAUCAAAUACAAAGGGCAUGCAGACCUCUCACCAUUAUCAGAAAUGCCUUCAGAAGAUCUAAUAGACAACAGCAAAGACAGCAGCAAAGAUACAGAAGUAUUAAGAAAAGAACACGUCAGGGUUACACAAGACAUCAGUCUCUCCUCCUCCCAGGAAGUCGUAUGUUUAGAGUCUGCUGUGUCUGAUUCACUUCCUGUGAACCCUGUAGAUGAAAUUUUGGAAUGUGCCAGUGCUGUUUCAGAUGAUGUGAAAACCUCUAAGAUGUCCUUUUCUACAGAGGUUCUUAGUAACUCCACAAACACAUGUCAAGUAGAAGAUAUUUCUGAUGAUGAGAAUUCAGGCAAUAAGGAGGUUGCUAGUAACUCCACAAACACAUGGCAAGUUGAAGAUAUUUCUGACGAUGAGAAUUCAGGCAAAAAGGAAGCUGCUAGUAAGUCCACAGUUAUGUGGCAGGUGGAAGAUAUUUCUGAUGAUGACAGUUCAGGUUAUGGGGAGGCUCUUAAAAAAUCGACAGAUGUAUUGCUGGUGGAAGAUAAUUCUGACAAUGAGAAUUCAGAUGAGCCAGACAUAUAUGUUGUAGAAGCUGUUUCUAAUAAUGAAAAUUCAAGCGAUGACUCCAUGACUGUAACUGUGCUAUCAUCUGAAGAUGCUAUAAAUCUUUUCCAACAGUUACAAAAGGAGCCUCAAUGUAAUGUAAAAACCAAGUCAACUCAAUCAAAUGUUGACACUCCGAAGCUUGUGGCAUGGUUUAGCUCACCCAGUCAGCCUAACUAUGAAUGUAGUGAAGCAAAGAUUUGCUCUUGUUGUGGUACCAAUCGCAUUGAGAAAUCCAAUUCCCCACAUGUGACUAAGAAGUACAAUGAUGUUGAACUUUUCUGCUCCCACUGUUGGGACGAGGCACCAUUGCUUGAACUAGAAGAAGAGUUGUUCUCUCCUAUGAGGAACAAGACUUUUGGCUCUCCCACUAAAUCAGAUGAAUGGGAGCAAAGUAGUAGCCCUCCAACUCUUGAACUGGAAAUCCAGGUAUCAAAUGUUCCUUUAACAGAGGAAUGCAUUGAGGAUAAAGGACUGAUAGGUAAAAAAAGUGACAAUAUGGUAAAGUCAGCAAUGCCUGAUCUUAAAAUUCAGAGUUCAGUUGAAGAGGAGCUUCCCAAGAUUCAACCAGAUAAGGUCAAAUCAGACAAAAUCAGCUUAACCAAGCUCCAAAUGCCCAUACAAUGCAACACACCUCCUCCAACAAAAUCUGUUUUUGUAAAGCACAAACCAAAAUCUGAUAGCACUAGGACUGGUGUUGAUGAUUGUGCACUCUUUGCUCCAGAUAUUGUGAUGAAAAGUCUUGGUGAGUGUAAUCUUUGUGGUGUAUCUGAAAUUAACCACUCUUGUGGCGAAAAUCAGAACUGCAGAAAUUUGAAAAAAGAUAAAGAACCUAGACAAGACCCCAAGACAAGAAAUGAUUCGCUUCAGGCUGUGAUGGACAGAAUCUCCCAGAACUGUACAGAAAGCCUACACAAAGUGAGAGAGAAUGUGUCCAGUCAUUCAAAUGCAACACAGUGCAUGACCACAAUGCCCCACAAGUCAAAUAAUAAGCUUGAUAUGCAUAAUGGUGCUCAGUUAUUUAAGAAAAUGAGAAAAAAUGAGAAAAAGAAAGUGAAAUUUGCCUUAUAUGGGUCCAAAGAUGAAGACCAAUGCGUUGCCUUGGAGCGCCGUCCCCCUGCCCCUCUUACCUUAACAGUCUCUACUGCUGGCAAGGACUAUGCUGGUGUGCUUUCUGCUAAACAAAAAGUUCACAACCAGUGGAGCAGCACCUACAUACACAAAGUAAAGAAGAACUCUAAACCCAAGUCACCACAGGUGAAGAAAAGGAUGACCUCUCCACCUAAAUCACCACAGAAGAAGAUGAAUAUGACCUCUUCUCCACCCAAAGCUCCAUGGCAGAAGAAAAAAAUGCAGAAACCUCAGGAAGGCUUGAAGUUAAACAUGGAUACAUUAAAAAGCCAUUUGAAACAAAGAGCCUUGCAGCUAUCCAGCAAAGAGAUAGAGCUAAAUUAUUCCAGAAAACCAUUUUCUCAGCAAAAGCUUACGAAUACACUACAUGACACUACACUACACAAUAGCUUACAAAUAGCAUAAUUAUAGCUUUUAAAAUGUUUGCUUUAAGGGCAUAUAAUACCUGUGGCUGAAUGUUUUCUGUAAAUGACAUUGCUGACUGUUUUCUAUUGUAAUUUCACCAGUGGGGCAAAGUAGAAAACUUUAUUUUUUAUACAAUAUUUUCUAUAUUUUAUUGUUUAUAAUGUUGUAAAGUACUCUAUGUAUGACUAAAUCAUGUUGUUUUGUGAUCACAGUCAUCCUCAAAUGUACCAUUUUUAGGUAUAAUAAGUAAUGUUAUUUUUACAUAUUUGUUGUUUAGGAAAUAAGUUACAUGAAAAUAUACUGGAAAGGUAGUUGUUUCAAAGGAUGUUUUAUUUUAAAUUUGAGCUUCUUUGGUGAUGAAUAACAAAUAUUAAAUCAGUAGGCUAUAGCAGUUAAAAUUUGCAAUUGCAGAAACCUUGAAUUGAUUCAUGGAGGUCAAAUUGACUGUACUUCUGAUAUUCUUGAUUUAUAGGGGAGACCAGGGCUAGUUGUCACACGGGGAAGUUGUCACAGGGGCUUUUUCUAUAUCUGUAUCUUUUGAGUUUAAACAGAGUCAAGGCAAGUCAUUCCACUCAGCCGCCAUCUUUGGAAUGAUCCUGGGCAGCUAUUUUCUUUACAAGUGGCAUAAAAGUACAGCUCCUAUCUACUUGAAUGGGCAAAGACUGAAAUUUCCAAAAUGGUUGAUCAAGCUUAUGAUCAAAGAACAUAGUUCAAAUCAGCUGUAAAAUCUGACAACAAUGGUAUAAAUUGUGCUUCUUUAAAGGGAUAGUUCGCCCAAAAAUGAAAAAAUCUCUCAUUAUUUACACACCCUCAUGACAUCCCAGAUGUGUAUGACUUUCUUUCUUUUGCAGAACAGAAAUUAUGAUUUUCAGAAGAAUAUUUCAGCUUUGUA